AUGGAUGAUGGUUAUUGAAACAGCCCAAACCUCUUUCACAGUGCAAGGGAUAUAGCUCGAGAGGCAAGCAGGCAGUCCCAGAACCAAGGAAUGGAUGACUACAAAUAUCAUGACAACUAUGAGGGCUAUGCCCAGAGUGAUGGCUAUUAUCGUGGUAAUGAGUCCAAUCCAGAAGAAGAUGCACAGAGUGAUGUUACAGAAGGCCAUGAUGAGGAGGAUGAGAUCUAUGAGGGCGAGUACCAGGGCAUCCCUCACCCAGAUGACAUCAAGACCAAGCAGACCAAGAUGGCGCCCUCCAGGGUGGAUGGUCUUCGGGGCCAGGCAGACCUGAUGGCUGAGAGGAUGGAAGAGGAAGAGCAGCUGGCCCACCAGUACGAGACCAUCAUUGAUGAGUGUGGCCACGGACGCUUCCAGUGGAUCCUCUUUUUUGUUUUGGGUUUGGCCCUGAUGGCUGAUGGGGUGGAAGUGUUUGUGGUGAGUUUUGCCCUGCCCAGUGCAGAGAAGGACAUGUGUCUGUCUAGUUCCAAGAAAGGAAUGCUUGGGCUGAUAGUCUACCUAGGAAUGAUGGGGGGAGCCUUCAUCCUGGGGGGCCUGGCUGAUAAGCUGGGGAGGAAGCGAGUCCUCAGCAUGUCCCUGGCCAUCAACGCCUCCUUCGCCUCCCUCUCUUCCUUCGUGCAGGGAUAUGGGGCCUUCCUCUUCUGCAGACUCAUCUCAGGCAUAGGUAUUGGGGGCGCUCUGCCCAUUGUUUUUGCCUAUUUUUCUGAAUUCUUGUCCCGGGAGAAACGAGGAGAGCAUCUCAGUUGGUUAGGCAUCUUCUGGAUGACUGGGGGCAUCUAUGCGUCUGCCAUGGCCUGGAGCAUCAUUCCACACUAUGGCUGGGGCUUCAGCAUGGGCACGAACUACCACUUCCACAGCUGGAGGGUGUUUGUCAUCGUCUGCGCUCUGCCCUGCACUGUGUCCAUGGUGGCCCUGAAGUUCAUGCCAGAGAGCCCGAGGUUUCUGCUAGAGAUGGGCAAACACGACGAAGCCUGGAUGAUUCUCAAGCACGUCCACGACACCAACAUGAGGGCUAAGGGGGCCCCAGAGAAGGUGUUCACGGUUUCCAACAUUAAAACUCCCAAGCAAAUGGAUGAAUUCAUUGAGAUCCAAAGUUCAACAGGAACUUGGUACCAGCGCUGGCUAGUCAGAUUCAAGACCACUUUCAAGCAGGUCUGGGAAAAUGCUCUGUACUGUGUGAUGGGGCCCUACAGGAUGAACACACUGAUUCUGGCCGUGGUCUGGUUCACCAUGGCUUUAAGUUAUUAUGGACUUACAGUUUGGUUCCCUGAUAUGAUCCGGUAUUUUCAAGAUGAAGCAUACAAGUCCAAAAUGAAGGUAUUUCAUGAUGAGCACGUCUAUGGUGUCACAAUCAACUUCACAAUGGAAAAUCAGAUUCACCAACAUGGGAAACUUGUGAAUGACAAGUUCACAAAGAUGUACUUUAAACAUGUACUCUUUGAGGACACUUUAUUUGACGAGUGCUAUUUUGAAGACGUUACAUCGACUGAUACCUAUUUCAAAAACUGCACCAUUGAAUCGACCAUCUUUUAUAACACAGACCUCUACCAGCAUAAGUUCAUCAACUGUCAUUUUAUCAACGUCACCUUUCUGGAGCAGAAGGAGGGCUGCCACAUGGACUUAGAGCAAGACAACGACUUCCUGAUUUACCUCGUCAGCUUCCUUGGCAGUCUGUCUGUCUUGCCGGGGAACAUCAUAUCUGCCCUUCUCAUGGAUAGAGUCGGAAGGCUCAAGAUGAUCGGUGGUUCCAUGCUCAUCUCGGCUGUCUGCUGCUUCUUCCUAUUUUUCGGCAACAGUGAGUCGGCGAUGAUUGGCUGGCAGUGCCUGUUCUGUGGGACAAGCAUUGCUGCCUGGAAUGCUCUGGAUGUGAUCACGGUGGAGCUGUAUCCCACCAACCAGAGGGCAACAGCCUUUGGCAUCCUCAAUGGAUUAUGCAAAUUUGGCGCCAUCUUGGGAAACACCAUCUUUGCUUCUUUUGUUGGGAUCACCAAAGUGGUCCCCAUCCUUCUGGCUGCUACUUCUCUUGUUGGGGGUGGCCUGAUUGCUCUUCGACUGCCUGAGACUCGAGAACAGGUCCUAAUGUGA